AUGUCACUCGUGAUUUUGGGUCAUCAAAAUCCGAUCGAAGUCUCGCAUCAAAUGGACACUUGUGGGGCGACUGGCUUUAAUCCGCCAACCACAGAGGAUUGUGAAAGAUUCCUCAAGAAAACGGGAAAGAAACUCGAAAAAGUGCCAGAUUUUGUGAACGGAAUUCAGCAUUGGAAAGUCUCGGAAGCGCUUCAAUAUCGGAAAAAUUUCGGUGGAUGUGUACAUUCACUUGUCGAUCUCAACGUUUAUCAAACUUUGACUGUGUCACUUGGACAACGGGGAGAAACUUCGUGUCAGCAUAAUCCAACGGAUCCCCUUUGUGCUCGAGGUUCGGGUUCGGGUGGUGGCGGUGCGUCGAUGGUUUUCCUCAACGAUGUUCUCAUUCUCGUUGCUGGCGGUGGUGGGGGUCUCCUCUCAAAAGGAGAAAUCGAUCACAUAGAAGGGAUACCGGAAGAUAUAUCAGUCGGUGGUCGAACUCACUCCAACGAAUCGUGGUCUCAUCUAGAUGAAGAGAUAAAGAAGUCAAAAGAUUUCAUCGAUAAUUCAAUCAUCAUGUACAAGAAUGUUUCUGGAUUCGGAGUCUCUUUCAAACCUGGACAUAUUGUGAAAAUCGCCUCCAACUGCUCGGACUGUUCGAUGUUGAAUGGGGAGAAAAAGACAGCAAACGGGGGCACUUGUGUCGACUCACGUGUCGAGGCGAAAGGCGGUUUUGGCGGAGGUGGAGCCUCGUGCGGGAAAGGAGCCGGCGGUGGAGGAGGGUUUUUGGGUGGCGCACCGGGAGAUGACACUGCCGGUUGGGGUGGUUCCUCUUGGUCCAACGCUGAUGCAGUCCUCCAAACGGAGUUCCGAUCUGGGAAAAACAAUAAAGAUGGGACAUUUAUGAUAUAUGCUUGUCAAUUAAAGUGUCCACAAAAUGCGCGGUGUGUCUUUGAGACGCCAGUCGAUCAGAAAAUGAAAUGCACUUGUGCUGAUGGGGUAGUGGUUGAGGAAAAUGAGCUAUGUGCAAGUGACAAAGAACCGUUUUACCGGGCACUUCUAUUUCUCUUGAUCUUUUUGUGUUUCCUGUUCUCGGUCGGCUAUUGCUGUUACUGCUUGAUGAAGCGUCGAAUGCGAAAAGCGCAACGUCAAAAGCACGCCUAUCAUUGUGAAAUGGAAGCACGGGUUGAGGCAAGGCUACGAGCGAAUAUCACUUCAGAGUUACAACGCCUGAGCAACGAUGAUAACAACGCGUUGCGCUUUUUACUCGAGCAAAUUGAAGAGUUGCCAAAAAUCGAGAGGAGCAACCUUCUUCUACUUGAACCCCUCGGAGUCGGCGCUUUCGGCGAGGUGUUCAAAGCGAAAAUGCGACGCGACCAGACGACAAUUGAGGUGGCCGUGAAAACCCUCCCAUUCAGCAGCAGUAAACAGGCGCAAGACGAGUUUUUUAUGGAGGCACAAAUCAUGAAUAAAUUCCGUCACGAUAACAUUGUCUCAUUUUUCGGGAUUAAUUUCGAUGUAACGCCGAGAUAUAUUGUGUUAGAAUUGAUGAAGGGCGGAGAUUUGAAGAGCUUUUUGAGGACAUCAAGAUCCACGAAGAUCGAUCCAAAUCCGAACAAUCUCCUCAUGUUGGAUCUUGUGUCGAUGUGUCUCGAUGUGGCAAAAGGAUGUGAAUUCCUUGCCGCCAACAAAUUCAUUCACAGGGAUAUCGCUGCCCGAAAUUGUCUCCUCACCUCACAAGCCCAUGAUCGAGUCGUGAAAAUUGGGGAUUUUGGAAUGGCUAGGGAUGUGUACAGAACCGAUUACUAUCGAAAGGGUGGUCGAGCAUUGUUGCCAGUGAAAUGGAUGCCGCCUGAAGCUCUAUUGGACGGUUAUUUCACCACAAAAACCGAUGUCUGGUCGUUUGGGAUUUUAACGUGGGAAGUGUUCUCUCUUGGCUACAUGCCAUAUCCAGGCCGAAACAACAUGGAGGUCCUUGAUUUGAUUUCAAAGGGUGGACGACUCGAACCGCCAAUUGGCACUCCAUCUCAGAUCCAUCAAAUCAUGUUGCAAUGUUGGAAAACGAGAGUGGAAACCCGUCCCACCUUCACCACAAUCAUUCAUUGGUUGCAAAAGUUGGCCGACGAUCCGAUCAUUCGAUCACAACCGAUUCCCGAUAAAAAUCUAUCAAUGCCGUCGACAGCCCAACAAACACCCUGUGUCGAGACACCAAGAUCUGAAAUUACGGUAACAACUGGUCUCAACUCACCGAGCUCGUCAAAAGAAAUGCUUCACAUGAAUGAGAGUUUCGGGAUCGAUACUGAUGAGUUCACUUGUGUCGUCUCAUCUCCAUAUGUAAUCAAGAAUUUCGCGCAAUCGAUUCCCAAGAACUCCUACAUACAACCGAUAUUGGAAGAAGUUGGGAAUGAGAAUGGUAAAGAGGAUACUCUAAUAACUGUGGAUUCGAGUGAGCAGCAGAGCUGUGGACAGCAGAGCUGUGGACAACAGAUCUGUGGACAGCAGAUCGAGCAAUUCCAGGAUCCAUUGAGCAAG